AUGGCCAAGUACACCGAGGACAUUGCAGAAGACGUGUUCGUCGAUCCAGUCAAGAUGUCCGCCAACUUGACCCCAGCGAGCGACAUCCACGAUGUUAUCAUUGUCGGCGCCGGACCUUGCGGCCUAGCCGUCGCUGCUCGUCUUCACGAACAAACGCCCUCAGCGGUGUUCACUGACGAGGAGCACCAGCGGUACCACUGGAUCAAAAAGCACACUGGCAAGAUGAACCUUGUGCAAGCAGGCCGCUGCAAGAAAAACGGCGUGCGGGCGGAAAAGUGGAAUCGCGGACAGAGGACUUGCCCCUACGAAGAUGGGGGGGCUGUUUCAGCACGCCGGGGGUCUACCGACUCUGCCUCAUCAGUACCGUCGCUUUCCUCGGACUCUUCGACAUCAUCUGCAGCAUCUAUCUCGACGCUGGUUUUGGAUGGGACAGGGGAUCAGUGGUUGCAGCGGUGGAACAACGCGUUUCGGACCUUGGAAAUCAAGCAACUGAGGAGCCCGAUGUUCUUCCAUGUUGAUCCUGGCGACCGGGAUGGUAUGUUGGCCUAUACGCAAGAGGUUGGAAGAGAGAAGGAUUUGUGGGAGAUUUCGGGGUGUGUUGGGAAGGAAAUGAGCAAGCAUAAGAAAAAGAAGAGACGGCAGAGUGGAAAACCCCAGACCUUGGGCGUUGAAAUCGAUGAGCGCGAUCGCAAAGACUACUUCUCGCCCUCAACCGAUCUCUUCGCCGAUUACUGCGCCUCCAUCAUCGAACGAUACGGCCUGAAUGAAGCUGGCCAGAUCCUCAAGCAAGAGGUCACAGACAUCAGCUACGAUUACCUACCCGGCAAUUUAGAGGUUGUAGCCCCGAACUCCAAAGUCUUCACGCUUACUACUUCGACCGGGCAGAAGUUCUAUAGCCGAGCCGUUGUGCUUGCAGUGGGUGCCGGUGGCGCUGGAAUACAAAAGAUCUUCCCCUGGAAGCCCUCAAAUGAAACAGAAGGGGCCGAUGCUUGCUGCCACAGCAUGGAAAUCAGGACCUUCCCGAGUCCCAAUGUACGAAGUAAGAUCCAGCAGAGAGAGCAGACCAAUGUGGUCGUUGUCGGAGGUGGACUAUCAUCAGCCCAGAUUGUUGAUAUGGCCGUGCGAAAGGGCGUUACCAAAGUCUGGUUCUUGAUGCGUUCCGAAUACAAAGUCAAGCAUUUCGAUAUUGGUUUGCAGUGGAUGGGAAAAUACAAGAAUUGGGAGAAAGCAGCCUUUUGGUCAGCCGAUACCGAUGAAGAGCGCCUCGAGAUGAUGAAGACCGCUCGCAAUGGAGGUAGCAUCACCCCUCGCUACACGAGAAUCGUUAAGCAACACGUCGCAAACCACCGAGCGUCUAUUCACACACGCACGGAAGUUACUUCUCAUAGCUAUAACCCAGAAACUCGGACGUGGGCCCUAACUACCGACCCACCGAUCCCGAAUCUGCCCCCAAUCGACUACAUCUACUUCGCGACCGGAGCACGCUCUGACGUCCGCGAAAUGCCAAUCUUGAGUAAUAUUAAUGAUCAGUUUCCUAUCGAAGUCAAGGAGGGAUUUCCUUGUCUCACAGAUGAUCUCAUGUGGCGGGAAGAUGUGCCUCUCUACAUCACGGGGCGACUAGGGGGUCUACGACUGGGACCUGGCGCACCAAAUCUUGAAGGAGCCAGACUUGGCGCCGAGAGGAUCGCUUGGAGCUUGGAGGAGAUCCUCGAGAAGAACCGGGAGGUUGGGGACCAGUGCGAGGGAUUCUGUGGACUGGGGAACCGGUAUGCCUCGCUGGCGGGGGAGGGCGACGACUAUGGGGAGGAAUAA